CUCGUGCCGUAUGCCGCUGCUGCCUGGCUGCCAACCAUUAUAAGAAGGUCAUUGCUGCUUUCACCCUAUCUGUCGUUCAUCAAGGCAUCACGGGACAGCUGCGGCUCGCCCCUGACGUCACGACUACUGGAGCGCCACCGUAGCCUUCAUAAAGGAGCGUGAAACACCACAAACUUGGUAUUCGGGGCCACCACGUGCAGUGGCUGAAUCGUCACUUGAUUUUCCUUAUAGGCGACGAAGGCACGGCCACUGGAACGCAGGGAACAUAUGGUGACCUACCAACGACGAGUCGGAUGUGACGCGUCUCGUGAUGUUCCUCCUCUGCAUUUUCGGCGUUGUCCUGUUACUCGGCGCCGUCCUCUACGCUAUGGAUAAAUCGGGAGAUGACGCAAACGACGACUCGUCUAUCUCUGGUGGCAAGAACUCCAGCAUGGAAAAAGUGGCAAGCGCAGGCCCGACUGGUAACGCGGUUAAACCCGCUCCACAACCGCCAGAGUUAGUCACCAGGGACCCUAUUUCACCUCGCACCUCGCCUCCUGCAGCGUGGUCGAUGGCUUCGGCGGCUCAGCCGGCUUCGACCAGUGCUGAACUGAUACUGCCGACACCAAUGAAACCGAAACCUACCUCAUUCAAGCCUGCUUCCACGCCCAAGCCCGCCACGCCAAAGCCUACCAUGCCCAAGCCCACCACUGCGCCGAAACCAACCAAGCCGCAACCAACCAAGCCGCAACCCCCCAAGCCACAACCCUUCAAGCCGCUACCAACCAAGCCGCAACCCCCCAAGCCACAACCCUUCAAGCCGCAACCAACCAAGCCGCAACCCACCAAGCCGCAACCCACCAAGCCGCAACCCACCACGCCGAAGCCUAGCACUCCAAUGCCCACCACGCCGACGCCAAGGACGCCGAGGCCCACCUCGCCGACGCCAAGGACGCCGAGACCAACCAGGCGGUCUCCAACAACACAGAAGCCUAGCAAGCCGAAACUUACUACGCCAAAGCCUACCAUCCCAAAGCCUACCAUCCCAAUACCUACAUGGCCAAAGCCUCCAACGAUGAAACCAAGCGGGGAUUCGAGUGAGCCACGUGAAAGGCAACGCAUGAGUGGCGAGUCGCUCAUCUGCACUGUGAGCGUGGUGGGACAGGAUAGGCUCAGCGUUCCACAGGACGGCCUCUGCGACUUCCUGUUCUACGACUCUCUCUACCGCCCGCAAGGCGACACUCUGGUGAAGGAGCCGGGCGCGCCGCUGGUAAAGUUCCUGAGUACCGCCGCCAUCUCCAAAAAGACGGAUCACGGCUGCUCUGUGGAUAUAGACAACGUGCGAGCCUUCGGCGAUCACCUGAUCGAGCAGAGGGGGAAGAAGAGAAUUAAAGAAAUGGGCGACCAGAACGUCCUCGACUACGGCUUCCUAACACUGGAUCAUUCACGGUCAUUCGUACUGAACAUCCAAGAAGCUCUGAGUGCCCUCAAGGCUGUGACGGAAAUAGUCAAGGAGGUGACAGGCAAGACCGGCUUCACGGUGCUGGGCCUCUACAGCAAGGUCAAGGCCACUUGCCAGGCAAUUUUCGAUAUAAGCGGGCAAAAGUUCAAACCAUCGGCAAUAAUAAUCUUGGGCCACAUCACCUACCCCGAUCGGCACGUUCACGGAUGCCACAUCCUUCCGCCAAAUCUCUACGGCGUUCAGCGAGACGUGCUGAAAGAUAUUGGCUACGGACACUUACUCGAAGACGGUGUAGCCCUGAGUCGGUGCAUCGAGGAGAAAAUCAAGCUCACGGGUUACAUACCCGUGAAGGUCUCUGUGACUCUCAAGGGGCGCCGCUACAAAGCCAAGCCAGAACUAGACCCAUCGUUUGUCGGCAUCGGAAACUUCGACCUGCUACGCGAAUGCGGCCGGCCUAAACGGGAUCCGAAAUACAACCAAGACGCCCCAGCAGUCCGGGUUUGCGAACAAUCCGAGCAGUAUAAGAAGAACAUAAAUUUCAGUGAGCAAUACCAGAGCGUGGUCACGUACGACAAGUUGAAAGGAUACACGAUCACCUUCGACAAUGAGGCCUCCCUUCAAAAGAAAGUCUGCGACGCCAGCGCGUCGCAAGGUUCGUUCUCUCUCGCCGCCUACGACGUCAACUACGACCAAGGCAAAUCCUCUUGUGCUAUGUGGGGCGCCAAGGGCCACUUCUCUCGGCUCAAACUCAUCCGCAAGCUGAAUGCUUUCAUGCGUGGCGAGGACGCUGGCGACAACGUUAACUGUAAAAGCGACAGCGAUAACUCGCGUUGACCGGAGGCGAACUCAAAGUGUUGGCCACUUGUAGCCAGCUUAUGGAUUCCCUUACUACUCGCCGAAGAUAGAUAUACUGUAUUUAUUAUUUCAGAGUGUUCAUGUUCUGCCCUGACAUGUGCGGGGAACACUCGUAUUUAUUGACAAAUGAGAACAUGCUGUUCAUAGAAUAUCGUGUUUUAUGGCCACUGAGAUGGUUGCAUUUUAUGCGUUUGUCCACAGUGUACAAGCAAGGAAAUAUUGUUAUGCGGCUGGCUGAUUACGUGGCGGUGAAUGGUAAAUUAGGAGUGCGGGAAAUGUUUUGUGCGAGACCUCACAGCGUCAAUUGCUCGCGCGUCAGAAGGUCUGAGAAUAAGAUGGACUUUUGGGCUUCCUCGUUACGCAGCCUAGUAUUCGGAUUUCAAUGCUGUACGAGCAUUAGCAGACGUGAUUUUCUAAACGAAGGCACACAGUGACCGGAAAUUGAACUUUUCACUUCAACGCAAGCCUUGCACAUACAUGACGUCUUUUAAAGCCAUUGCAGACGAGGCAGUCCUAAUCCUUAAUCGGAUCCUCUCUGUACAAUAGAACUUACACGCAUUUUUAAGCUUUACCGUCGUAAGCAAGAGUCCAUGGUGAAGUUUUCAAAGGAGAUUUCUUGUUUAGGCUAUUUUUGAAGAAGGCGUAUGAAAUGUGAUCGUGAAUUAAGUAAUGGCGCAUGGUAUAGCGGAGGUAAGAUACUGAGCACUUUCCUCGUUAUUGUGACGUGUAUAAAAUAGGCUGCUGCUUUAAAUUUGUGUCCAUGUAAAUAACUAUAGA